GCACAAGUAAAAGAAAGAGAACAGCUUAAUAGUACGUUAAUCGCCUCCGCACGUCUAAAAAAAAAAAAACAUCAACAACCAACAUCAUAAUAAUUGUAAGUGCCGCGGAGACUCAUAAAAAGAAAAGUGUAAGUGCAGAACACGCGCACAACUUCAUUGCUAAAUUCUGAUUUCCUUGAAAAGGAGAAAAGCAGCAACAACACGCACCAUUCUUGUUUUGCACAGUUCACAUCGUCUUCCAAUAACAAUGGACCAGCAAAAUCUUGCCGCGCUGCUUGACCAUUUGCGCUCCGCGGACAACCAGGAGCGCAAGAGUGCGGAAGAGCAGUACAACAGCAUCGUCGCCGCCAAUCCUGUCUGGGCGAUGCACGCGAUGGCCGAGAUCAGCGCCACCGCGCAGGACGUCGGCGUGACCGCGAUGAGUCUUGUGCUGCUACGUAAGGUGCUCAACUUGACACCUUCUCCGUAUUCCGGCGCCGAUGCCGACACUCGCACUGCCGUGAAGGGCCGCAUGCUGGAGGUGCUCAACAGCGCCGCCUACGGCAGCCUGCGUAACUCGGCUGCUGCGUGCGUGAGUGCGCUGGCGGUGCAGGUUUUCCAAAGCAAGGAGGACUGGAGCGAGCUGUGGGACAACGUCUUCACCAUCAUUGGCGCCCACGGCAGUGACGCGCAGCUCAAGACUAUGUGUUGCGAAAUUGUCCUCGCGACCUCGUUGGCGAUGCCCGCCUAUUUCCAGGCUCACGUGGCGGCGCUGACGGCCGGUCUGGAGACGUGCUUUGCGCAGGAGACACACUCGGCCGACCUCAAGAAGGCCGCCUUCGAGGCCACGAUUCGACUCUCCGGCCUCGGGAUGGCCGACAACCUCCGCCCGCUCGUGCCCAAGAUGCUGAGCGUCAUCGAGAACUACCUGAACCAGGGCGAGUGGGAGUCGGUCGAGUCGAUGCUGCAGGCAACCGUGGAGGGCAUCUCCACCAACAUUAGUCUCUUCCAGCACGAUGCCCAGCGUCUGCUGGAGCUUAUGAUGCAGGUGGCGGCGGCGCCGCAGGUGGAUGCGGGUGCGCGCCACAUGGCCGUGGAGCUCAUGCUGACGUAUUGCGAGGAGGUUCCCAAGACGGUGCGCAAGGUGCCGCAAUUCGCUACGUCCUUUUUCGAGCUGCUCUUCCAGUACACCCUGAACCCCGAGUACCCCAAGGAGUGGGACUCCACGGGCCGCGACAACGACGAGGACGAACUGGAGGAGGACUCCGACCUGAUCAUCGGCUCUAGCGGUCUCGACCGCAUUUCGAACGCCCUCGGCGGUCGCAAGCUGCAGAAGACGGCGCAGACGCUUUUUGCCAACAACAUCGCCGCCCCGGAGUGGCAGCGCCGCAAUGCCGCGGUGCUCCUCAUCUGCUACGCCGGUGAAGGCAUGCGUACCGUGUUCGCGCAGCAACUGCCUUCGCUGGUGCAGAUGGUCGUGCCGCACGUGAAGGACGAGUCCAAGUACGUGCGUGCGAACACACUCGAUUGCAUCGCGCAGCUCUCGCAGGACUUCACCCCUGAGCUGCAGAUGAAGCUGCAUGCCGAGAUCCUGCCAGCAGUCGUGGAGGCCCUGCGCGACAGCGUGCCACGUGUGGCGUCGUGCGCGGCGAACUGCCUGGACAGCUUCAUCGACAGCGUCAACGGCGAGGAGGAGGACGACGAGGACGACGGCCUCGACGAGUUCCGCGCCAUCUUGCAGCCGUACAUUGAGCCGAUGUGCAGUGACUGCGUCGCCAUGCUUAGCAGCACGCAGCACAUGUUCGUCCGUGAAGCGGCGUUGGGCGUACUGUCGUCCGUGUCCUCCACGUGCAAGGCUAUGUUGGUCCCCUACGUGCAGUCGCUGGUGCCCAUCUAUCAGCACGCGCUGAGUCUGCCCGACUCGCCGGAGGUGAUGAAGACGAAAUGCAAGGCGAUUGAAUGUGUGACGCUGCUCGCGUGCGGUGUCGGUCGCGACGCCUUCGCGGCGUACUCGGCCGACGUGUGCAACUACCUCAGCAACUUGUGCAAGGCCGGUCUGUCGAAUGACGAUCCGCGUACCCGCUUCGUGAUGCGUGGUUGGACGUGCAUGGUGGAGUGUCUCAAGGACCAGGCACAGCCAUACCUCGGCACGGUCCUUCCGAUCCUGCUGAACAUGAUGAGCAUGGACUGCGACAUGGAGAUUGCCAACAUCGGCGUCGGCGAAGAUGAAGACGACGAAGACCGCCCAGACGGUGUGGAGAAGAUGCGCUUCGUCAUCCCCGGCGUUGGCGAGCGCGUGGUGACCAUUCACACUAGCCUGAUCGAGGACAAGGAGCUCGCGGCGAAUGUGAUCUUUGCGAUGCUGAAGGAUCUGGGCGUUGGUCUUGCCCCGUACUUCCGCGACAUCGCCAAUGCCGCCAUUGGCCAGCUGGCGUUUGUCGUGAGUGACAGCAUCCGCGAGAGCGGCGCCUCCAUCCUGGACGAAAUUCUGAAGUGCUAUGAGGAGAUGCGCGACCCGGCGGCGCAGCAGCUGGCCGAAGCGGCGAUGCCGAAGCUGAUGGACGCCCUCGGCGACGAGUCGGAGAACAGCGUGAUGGAGGUGAUACUGCAGAGCAUCGGCCGCUGCGUGAGUGUGCACCCCGCCAUUAUGAGCCCGACGAACACCGCGCUGGUGUGCGACAAGGUCAUGGCUGCGCUGGAGGUCGUGGUGAAGCGCCGCGACGAAUGCCUGGAGAAGAAGAAGACGGAGAACGACGAGGACGAAGUGGAUGAGCUGGAGGUGGAGGAUGAAGAGGUGCAGGUCACUAUCACGUCCGUGUGCGACCUCAUCGGAACUCUGCUCGGCGCCUCGAAAGAGGUGUUUGCCGCUCCGUUUCUCGCGAAGGCUUUCCCAGUCAUCGGCAAGUGGCUGCAGCCACCGUCGGAUGAGUUCUACAUGACACGUGCCACGAGUCUUCUUAGCGACUUCGUCUCCAACGCGCCGCACUCGAUCGUGUCGUCGUUACCCGCAAUUUGCGAAAGUGCGCUGAAGAUCGCCACGGCGACCUCGGACGACGCGCUGCUUCAGAGCGACUUCUUCCUCCUGAACGUCGUAGUCCAGCUGCUCGGCGCGCACCCAGAAACGAACAUGGGCGUGAACGGGGCAGACUUUGCGGUGCACGUGCAGCAGACGGUUGCCCCGUACUGGGUGUCCAACCUGGUCCAGGAUGAGAUGUUCACGCACACCACGUGUAAUGCGCUAAGCCUUUACGUGUCGCUUUUGAAUUUCUACGGCACCACGGCGCUGCAGCAGGUGGCGGCGGGCAUGCUGGCGACUGUUGGCGAGGCCCUGCCGGCCAAGGACGACGAGAUCGAGGCGCGCCGCAUCCAUGAUGUGAUUCUGGGCUGGGUCACGAACCACCACCCGGUGUUGCAGGCGAUGCCCGGCGCGGCGAGCGGGUUCAUGACGCGCGUGAAGGCUGCCAGCCCGGACUGCCUCUCCGAUGCAGCGAAGCACUACAUCUCCACUCUGUAA